AUGGCCGAGCCCGCCCAAACGGAGGCGCCCGCGCUCAAGGAGUACCCGGAGUUCCCCGGGGAGCCCAUGAGCAAGAGCGAGUACAAGAAGCGCCUCAAGGCGGCGCAGAACGCCAAGGCGAAGGCUGAGAAGGACGCCGCGAAGGCGGCGAAGGCGGCCGCGGCGCCGAGCGCCGACUCCAAAAAGUCCGAGGAGGACGAGGAGGGCGAGCUCGACGCGACGCAGUACACCGCGAACCGCAUCAACAAAGUCUUGGCGCGCAAGGCGAACGGCGAGCACCCGUACCCGCACAAGUUCCACGUCGACACGUCGCUCCCGGACUUCAUCUCGCGCUUCGGCGGCGUCGCGGACGGCGUCGUGGACGAGAGCGUGAAGAUCUCCGUCGCGGGACGUCUCAUGUCCAAGCGAGCGUCCGGGACGAAGCUGUACUUUUACGACCUCCGCGGCGACGGCGUGAAAGUCCAGGUCAUGGCGGACGCGAAGAUGGCGACGGAGUACGACUUCGAGAAGAUAAACAUGUCCACGCGCCGCGGCGAUAUCGUCGGCAUUCGCGGCUACGCGGGCAAGAGCAAACGCGGCGAGCUGUCCAUCUUCCCGUGCCACCUCGAGGUGCUCACGCCGUGUCUGCACAUGCUCCCCGGGUUCAGCGGCCUGAAGGAUCAAGAGACGCGGUACAGGAAGCGCUUCCUCGACCUCAUCAUGAACCCGGAGGUGCGAGACAUCUUCAUCACGCGCUCGAACAUCAUCCGAAGCAUCCGCAAGUACCUCGACGAUCAAGAUUUCGUCGAGGUGGAGACGCCGAUGAUGAACAUGAUCCCCGGCGGCGCCACCGCCAAGCCGUUCAUCACGCACCACAACGACCUCGACAUGACGCUGUACAUGCGCAUCGCCCCGGAGCUGUUCCUGAAGGAGCUCGUCGUCGGCGGGAUGGACCGCGUGUACGAGAUCGGGCGACAGUUCCGGAACGAGGGCAUCGACAUGACGCACAACCCGGAGUUCACGACGUGCGAGUUUUACAUGGCGUACGCGGAUUACGAAGACCUCAUGAAGAUGACCGAGGACCUCGUGUCCGGGAUGGUGCUGAGACUGAAGGGGUCGUACAAGGUGAUGUAUCACGCGAACGGCCCGGACGAGCCCCCGGUGGAGAUCGACUUCACGCCGCCGUUCAAGCGGUUCAGCAUGGUGGCGGACCUGGAGAAGACGCUGAACAUUAAGAUUCCGAUGCCGCUCGAGUCGGACGAGGCGAACCGAUACCUCAAGGACACGUGUCAAAGACUCGGAUCGGAGUGCCAGCCGCCGCACACCACCGCGCGAUUGCUCGACACGCUCGUGGGCGACUACCUCGAGACGCAGUGCGUCUCCCCCGCGUUCAUCUGCGACCACCCGAAGAUCAUGUCGCCGCUCGCGAAAUACCACCGAAAACUCCCGGACAUGACGGAACGAUUCGAGGCGCGUUCUAUCUCACACUGGUCCCCAUACGACCCCGUCUGCGUGGUGAACGCCAUGUUCGUCAACAAGCGAGAGCUGUGCAACGCGUACACCGAGCUGAACGACCCGAUCGUCCAGCGCGAGCGGUUCGCGGACCAGGCGAAGCAGAAGGGCGCGGGCGACGACGAGGCGAUGACCGUGGACGAGACGUUCUGCGAGGCGCUCGAGUACGGCUUGCCGCCGACGGGCGGGUGGGGGCUCGGGAUCGAUCGUCUCACGAUGUUGCUCACGGACACGGCGAACAUUAAAGAGGUGCUGCUGUUCCCGGCGAUGAAGCCGGACGACCAACAAGGCGGCAAGGUGGACGCGGCCCCCGUGCCCGUGCCCGCGGCGGUGGCGGUGGCCGCCGCCGCGGGGAAGAUGGAGAAGCUGUCCGUCGCGGCGUCCCCGACGAAGGCGGCGCCGGCGCCGGGGCCCGUGACGGAGAACACUCUUCAUAAGAGCGUCAAGCAGGCGAAGAAGCCGGACGCCAAGCCGCUGCAGCACGACGAGCCGACGUCGGACGAGUGGGCGACGGGCGCGCACGGCCGGCCCGCGGGGGAGUUGGAGACGAGGGACUGGGGGGAGACGAUGUAUUCGAAGCCGCAGUGAGGUGAGUCUUCGGACGGAGCGGAGCGUAGCGACGAGAGAAUGUGUUGCGUGAGCAUGUACACGACUAUGUGCCCUC